CUCAAUUUAAUCAAAACAGUAUCAGCUUGAAUUGAAACCAACAUUCCUUCGUAUUUUUGCCUUAUUUUCCAUCAUGGAUGAGGCAAAUUCAGUAAUUUAUGGCGUCGAUAAUCAAACCCGUUCCUUAUGUUCGAGCAACUCUGACGUCGUCCAAUUCUACAUUGGCACACAAUCUCUCAAGCCGAACAACCAAAUUCACUGCAUCGAAUUGCUGUCGGAGAACGAAGACAGUCCCGUGUCGUACAAAACAACCGUUUACGCCUUUCCUCACGGCGAAAUCUGGCAACUGCGGUUUUCGCCGCACGAAUCUGACUUGAUGUCUUGCGUUUUCAGCGAAUAUCAAAACUCUCAGGUGACAAUGAAGACUGCUUUACUUAAGUUACCGGGCUCCGAGGUGUCUCCUGACAACGAAUAUCUCCAAUUUGCCGACACACAAGUCCUCGAAACGGAUGGAAGUGAAAUAAAAACGACAGAAUUCAAUCCUUCGGAUGCGAAUCUCCUCGCGAUUGUCUUGGAUGACAAAAUUAAAGUCAUGUCGCGUGCCGAAAGUGCUUACACUACCAUCGCCGAAGUGCAAAAUGGCAAAAAUGGACCAAAAUUCACGGGCGGCAAAUGGUCUCAGCAAAACGCGAAUCAAUUUAUCGCCUUGCACGAAGGCGCCGUGAAGAGUUUCGACACGCGCGACAUGAAUCACGUUGCCUGGACAAUUGAAGAGGCGCACGGGCAGCAGCUGGUUCGCGAUUUGGACUGUAAUCCGAACAAACAAUGUCAUCUCGUGACGGGAGGCGAUGAUGGCGCCUUGAAGAUUUGGGAUUGUCGGAGUGUGAAGCAACCUGUUUUUGCGAGAUCUGAUCACAAUCAUUGGAUUUUUAGUGUGAGAUUCAAUACAUUUCACGAUUCGUUGGUUUUGUCGUCGAGUUCGGACAAUAAAGUGAUUCUGACGUGUGCGAGAAGCGUUUCUUCCGAAGCUGAUGAAGAAGGAGUUGAACGAACGUUGUCUGAUGGAUUGUUGCAAAUGUUCGAACAGCACGAGGAUUCGAUUUAUUGCUGUGAAUGGUCGAGCGUUGAUCCCUUUACGUUCGCUUCUCUGAGCUUUGAUGGAAGAAUUAUCAUCUCGCAGGUCCCGAAACAGUAUAAAUAUCAAUUUUUAAUGUAAAAAAAAAUAAAAUAAAAAAUAAUUGAAUUAAAUUAAAAA